UCCAUCUCCACCGAUCGACACCACUAGUUGUUUUCCACCGCAAUGAUUUUAUUUUGAAUACAUUCGUCGUUUAAACGGUUGGAUAAUCUGAUUUUGAAUCGUUAAUAUUUAUAAUGUCACAAUAACUUCAACUUUUUCAAGAUGAUGUGGUUUCGUUACCUCCCAGUGAUUUUUGUGCUAGUUGAUUCAGGUUCCACGGAAAAGAAAAAGCCCCAUAUUAUUGUCAUCAUUGCUGAUGAUAUGGGUUUCAACGAUGUCGGCUUCCAUGGCAGCAACCAAAUACCAACUCCCAACAUAGAUGCUUUAGCCUACAAUGGUGUCAUUCUCAACAGUCAUUAUACACAAGAGUUAUGCACUCCAUCUAGAUCAGCCUUUUUGACCGGAAAGUACCCCAUACAUUUAGGUAUGCAGCAUUUGGUUAUCUUGGAACCAGAACCUUGGGGACUUCCCCUCAAUGAGACUCUUCUGCCGCAGCAUUUGAAAAGAAAUGGUUAUUCCACGCAUGCUAUUGGAAAGUGGCAUUUGGGUUUCUUCGAAAAGGAAUACACUCCCACUUACAGAGGUUUUGAUACACACUAUGGUUACUGGCAGGGGCUGCAGGACUACUAUUCUCACAUGACUCAUGCAACGUACACCUCCGAAUAUGGAUACGACAUGAGAAGGGGCAUGGAUGUAGACUAUAGCGCCAAAGGAAAAUACAGCACCACUUUAUUCACCGAAGAAGCUGUCAGGUUGAUCCGUGAGCACGACACUAAGAACCCAAUGUUCAUGUAUAUGGCCCAUCUUGCACCGCACACAGGAAAUGAUAAUGAUCCUCUCCAAGCUCCUGACGAAGAAAUUGCCAAGUUUGCACACAUCGAAGAUCCCGAGAGACGUGUUUAUGCAGCAAUGGUAUCUAUGCUGGAUAAGAGUGUAGGCAGCGUUAUUGCAGCUCUGCGAGAAAAGCAUAUGCUAGAAAACUCCAUAAUCCUCUUUUUCUCCGACAAUGGUGCCCAGCCCGAAGGAACUCACGCAAAUCAUGGAUCCAAUUAUCCGUUUAGAGGGGCUAAAUAUUCUUCGUGGGAAGGAGCUCAAAGAAACCUAGCCGCAAUAUGGAGUCCACUCAUCAAAAAGAACCAAAGAAUAUCCAACCAACUUAUGCAUCUUACAGAUUGGUUGCCAACUUUUUUUUCAGCUGCAGGUCUCAACAAGAGUGAACUAUCAAACAUAGACGGUUUAGACAUGUGGAAAACCAUCUCCGAAGGGGCGGAAAGCCCCAGGACGGAACUGAUUUACAACAUAGACGACGUUGGCCCACAUUAUGGCGCAAUAAGACGCGGAGAAUGGAAAUAUAUCUACGGAUCCACCACCAAUGGGAAAAAGGACAGGUGGUUUGCCGAUCCAGGAAACAACAGUGUCUACCAUUACGACAAGAAACUGAUUUUGAACUCCAAAGCAGGAACCGCAUUCGCUGGUGUUAUAACAUACCAACAAAUCAAAGAGAAGGGCAUGAAACAGAUCGACAGGAAUUUCAGUAACGAGCUACUAGAUGAAAAUACCAUUAUUAAGCUGAGAAACGAAGCAACAGUGAAAUGCAAUGCAGUCAAUGUUGAGGAUCAACUGGAGGAAACCAAGUGCGACCUGCUCAAAUCGCCAUGUUUAUUCAACAUCAAAGAUGAUCCCUGUGAAAGAGUCAAUUUAGCUUCCAGACGUCCUAAUAUAGUUGCCAAUCUAGAACAAGCGAUAGUGCAAUAUAGAAAGACAGCGCUACCGCCUAGGAAUCUACCCAGAGAUUCGAACGCUGAUCCAGAUAGAUGGGGAGGUGUCUGGACAAACUGGCAUGACUGUGAAAAUGUUUUCAAGACAAAACUACCCCUGGAGACACUCUCGCCAUUAGCUAUAACAAUGAUAUCUCUCGCUGGUAUUGCUGUUUUGGCUAUUGUGAUUGGUUUAUUAUUCCUCAGCUACUGUAGAAUUAAGAGAAAGAGAACACCUGCCCCUACUUUCAACGGUCAUUUUGAUGAAAGGCCAUUGAAUGAGACAAAUGCCUGUUAGAGUUAAAUCUAGUUGACUGUAGUUUUGUUAUUGGUGCCAUUUUUUGUUGGAAAAUGGCAUUCAAUAGUGUUGGGGGUAUUAAUGUUUGGAUAUUUUUCAAUUUUAGGAAAAAUCAUCCUUAACUUUGGUAGUUUUGAGAAAGUAGUUAUUGGAACGCCUUGGUAAUAUAAUGAGAAUGUAUCCUUUCUAUCUACUCAUAAAAUGAUCAAGAGAAUACAAAAGCUACCUACGUACAAACGUAAAUUAUAAUUAGGUAUUAUUACAAAAAAGUAGACCAAAGUGACUGGUUGAACGAGAAAAUUCAUUUACCAAUCACCGACAAUUGUUCACAGUAAAAUUUUAAUAAUAAUUUAGGCUACUUGUACCGAAAAUCAAAAAAUCUAUUUGUAGUAGAAAAAUUAAAAACGUGAACCUUGUCUAUAUAUUGUAAAUUUGAUGAAAACACGACUCUCAACAAAAAA